ACUUUGCACCUCAUCAUUUACUCUGCUGCAUUGCUUUGAAUACUGCUAUGGCUACGAAGACACCAUCUCGGCGUCGUGCACGCUCAGUGACGCGGAACGCAUUGACGCCGUCGGCGCUCGUCAAUGGUAUGAACUCGAUGGCAAUUGCGACACCCGAGCGGCCGAAGAAGAGCUCUACAAGCUCUGCCGAUACUUCAAACCCUUUCAUUACGACAGCUUCGUCUCGUGCUCCGUCGAGAGCGCCAUCACCGGUGAAACGCGCCGUAUCAGGUGGCUUUCAGGUGUCGAGGGAGUUGAAAAGACAAGCCAGCAAUGGCGUGAUCAGGAAAGGUGGCAUCGAGAGCAGGAUGCAGGUGGUAAAGCACGACUACGAGCCGCCUCCGCCGGCGCCGAAGCCGGAGACAAAGCGCUCCAAGUCCGUUUGUUCUAUGCGCGAUUACGAGGGCGACAGGUUCAUCACCACUACUCGCGAUAUGGACCAGCUCGCUGCCAACCUCGAACAAAUGCGCUUCGAGCCUGUGUCCGGCUCGCCAGGCCACACUGCCCGCCUGGCCGCAGCCACAGGCAUCAACCUGAACAGGCGCAUCCUUACAUAUCAUGAGGCGCCCCCCGUCGCGACCGAUCGUAUGCUUCAGAAGCAACGCGAGGUCGUCGCACCCCUCUACGCGCGACCGGGCGCUCUCCCAUCGUCAAACGGCGCAGUGACCAACAAGACCAGGAAGAUACCGACCGCGCCCGAACGUGUCCUUGACGCCCCGGGCAUCGUCGAUGAUUUCUAUCUCAACCUCAUUGCGUGGUCCGCGCAAAACGUCGUGGCCGUCGCUCUCUCCGAGAACACCUACAUUUGGAGGGCCGAUACGGGAGCCGUGACUCAUGUGGGCGAAGCUCCCGAGGGCUCGUAUGUCUCUUCCGUCGACUUCUCCAACGACGGAUCGUACCUCGGGGUAGGCCUCGGGACCGGCUCCGUCGAACUCUGGGACGUCGAGACCGGCAGGAGAUUGAGGAGCAUGGACGGACACCAGGCGCAGGUCGCGGUAAUCAGUUGGAACGGCCAUAUUCUGAGCUCCGGCUGCGCGGAUGGCAGCAUCUGGCACCAUGAUGUGCGAAUGCCGACGCACAAGGUUAUGGAGCUUCACGGCCAUACGGGGGAAGUCUGUGGGUUGACGUGGAGGUCGGACGGCGAGCUGCUGGCGAGCGGAGGGAAUGAUAACGUCGUGAACAUCUGGGAUGGCAGAGUCGGGGACGUCGCUGAAAGCUCUCGCGGUCAUGCAAAGUGGACCAAGAGAAAUCAUACUGCGGCUGUAAAGGCCAUGGCUUGGUGCCCUUGGCAGCCAUCCCUUUUGGCUACUGGCGGUGGUACCAACGACGCCAGCAUCAACGUCUGGAACACCACGACCGGCGCCCGUCUGCACACUCUCAAGACGCCGUCGCAGGUCACGUCCAUCCAGUGGUGCCCACACAAGAAGGAACUCAUGUCCACGCACGGUUACCCUACCAACUCGAUUAUGAUCCACGCCUACCCCUCUCUUGACUGCGUCGCGGAGAUCCGUGACGCGCAUGAUUCUCGAGUGCUGUUCUCUGCGCUCAGCCCCGCUGGCGACGUUGUUUGUACGGGGGCGGGCGACGAGAACUUGAAAUUCUGGAGGAUCUGGGAGCAGCCGAAGGAGAAGAAGAAGAAGGACGUGAAGAUGAGUAGUAGCAAGUUGACGUCCUCGAGGGCGGGCAUACAUACCAUGCGGUAGUAGCCUGUAUUCUCAUGUUUUCUUAUGUCCUUCUUCUAUCAUGUCUUGGAAAUGCAGUUGCCUCUACGUACCGCUAUGAACUGCAGUACUAUGUCAUGUUGCUUUGCUC